AUGCUCGCGAGGACACUGCAAGUCCACGCCGCUCGCCGUGCAGUCUCUGCCACUGCGGCACGACCUGCGAUGCGGACCCCAUCCCUCCUGCACGCCCGGCUAUACACGGCGCCCUCGGACCCAGCCCACCGCCAGCACCAGCACCAGCACCACCAACAACAGCAACAGCGCGAACCCGAGCACGAACACGCGCACCACGACCACCUCUUCGGCGGCAAGCUCGACGACCUGCACACGCCGUUCCCCAAGGACGUCCCGCCCAUCUCGCAGCGCCUGCGCCCGCUCGUCCCGUUCCUCAUCGUGUGGACGAUCAUCACCUCGCUCGCUGUACACCUCCUGCGCGUGCGCACCGAGGGCGAGCAGAGCACGGCUCGCGCGCACGCGCAAGAGUCGGUGCUCGAGGGCCUGGUGCAGCGCUUCCAGGCCGGCGAGGUGGUGGACGACACGGAGAUCCGGCGCGAGCUCGAGAUGGUGGGGCUGCGCGAACGGACGAGCCUGACCCUCGGUGUGGAUGCCGAUUUGGCCGAGAUGCGCGAGGUGUCCUGGUGGGAGGUGCUGCGCGGGCGUAAGAGGGACGGAGAGGACGAGGAGGCGGGUGACGAGAAGAAGGAGGAGGACAUGUCGGACGAGGAGAAGGAGACGGCGGCCGCCAAGGAGUGGUCCAAGAUUGUCGAGCAGGCCACGGCCGAACCUGCCAAGCCCCCACCCAUGGAGCAGCCUACGCGACCCGCCGGUGUGGCCAAGCGCGCAGAGUCGGCCAACGUCUACUUGUAG